GCUUACACAAACUCAAAGUUAAGGACUUCUCACUUGUUGAGGUCAACACCUUUCUCCUUAAAUUGCCAUUUUUUCCCAGAGGAAGCGUAUAUUUGGAUUAUCAAGACUGAGUAGCAGGACGCCGCACGUUGUAGCUAACCUCAACAUCUCAACAUGGCUGCUUAUGCCCUUGUCACACAGAACUUUAAGUUCGCAUCUCUCUUCUUCAAGAGUAAAGAUGUGAUGAUAUUUAAUGGUAUGAUUGCUCUGGGCACUGUGGCCAGCCAGACGGCGUACAACGUUUUUGCCUUUGAUUGUCCGUGCUCGCCCUCCAGGAAUUAUUACUACGGCCUGGCCGCUAUUGGCGUUCCAGCGUUGGCCUUUUUCGUUGUGGGAAUAUUAUUGAACAAGAGAACUUGGGACCUGGUAUCAGAGUUCCGCCUCAGGAAGUUCCGCAAAAUGUCAGCAGCCGCAGGAUCUGCGGUUUUGGGGAGUAUUCUGGGCCGAGCCGUGGUGGCACCGCUGACAUGGACUGUUCUCUCCAUGCUGCAAGGUCACGCCUACACGUGUGCUUUAAGUGAGUUUACAGAAUCCAGGACAGUGGAGGGCUUCCCCCCAGAUCAAGACAAAGAGAUAAUGGCAAAGUUCCCGUGCAAGGAAAGUCUUCCAGAAGACUUGCAAGGCUUCUGGGCAGAAAUUGAUCGGCGUCUGAAAUAUGAAUCUCAGCUGAUAGGUUGGAUGAUCCUGGCUGGAAUGUCUCUGACGGUGUUCCUGGUGAUGUGUUCCAAACGAUGCUGUUCGCCCCUUGGCUACCAGCAGGAAGAAUACUGGUCCAAGUAUCGCUCCAGAGAAAAGGAACUCUUUCAACGCACAGCAGAGGUCCACGCCAACGUCAUGGCCUCGAAACACAUUGAGAACUUCUUUGGUUUUGUGGCUUUAGAGAAGGCGGAGAAGGAACAAAUUGCCGAAUACCAGACUGCCGUCAAGCCCAUUUGUAGCAGGGAGUGGAACAGAGUGACUGGUGUCUACCUCUACAGGGAGAAAAACAAUCUACCUCUUUACAGCAGACUCAAUAAAUGGGCAACAUACUCUCCGGACAACAAUAUAGAAGGUUUUGAUAAAGAAAUGGAGGUUUUUAUUAGUUAGCAUAGUCUACAUCAUUUUUCUUUCAUGUGCAUUUCAGAGAGUUGAAACUUGGUUUACUUGUUACUGUGUUGUAUGGUACUAUAUUAUAUGUGGAUUACAAGACGUAGUAAUUCGAGUGAAGUCAUCAGCCAACCGUCCUCUUUAGUCCUCUUAAUAGAGCUGAUCAAUGUUAGACCAGGUUUUGGAAUACUUUUUAAAUAAUACUUCACGGUGUCAGAAGAUUCUUGAAGAUAUUGCGGAAAAAUAUAUAUGAAGUCUGCAUGAACUAGCACACCUGUGCAUUUGCCGAUGCUAAGAAUGACAAUAUGCGCGACAUAUUGGUCAUUGGAAUUUGUGACAUAGAGCUAUCUGAGAAGCUACAGCUCAUGCCAGGGACCAAACUAUCUUGGACAUCACAUUAUCAAGCAUGGAAUUUGUCCUGAUGAAGCAAAAGUCAAAGGUGUUAGCGAGCUAAAACCACCCAGCAAUGUCAAUUGCAAUACUUGUUUUAAUUACAGAAAUGUCUUAAUUUAUGAUUACUCAAUCCAUCAAUCAAAGUUUAUUUAAAUAGCCCUCAAUCACAAGUGCCUUAAAGGGCUGCACAAACCACAACGACAUCCCCUGAUCUGAACCCACAUCCGAAAAGUCCAAAAUGGUAAAAAGACGAAACCUUGGGAAGAUGUCACAGAUGCGGGGACCGCCCUCCUGAUGAUUGCAUUUCUUUAGACACUAUUUGCUUGCAUGCAUGUGUGUCAUGAUGGGAAGUAUGUAAGAUGAUGAUAUAUUUUGUUAGUAUUUAUUGGUUUUAUAUACUUCUUAUAGGUUUCCAUUUGUGCUUUAAGUCAAAUGUAGUUUUUAUUUACAAUGAAAAUGAUGGAAUCUAACACAUGUGACUUAUGUACAAUUGUUUAAGCUAAUGUUGCUGGACUCUGCAUUUGUUUCGAAAUGGCACCAAAAAAUUCUGUCAACUUGUGGAAAUCUAUACAUUUCUCCUACUCAGCUCUCAACUCAGUUCCUUCGACUUUCCUAUUGUAUGUAGUAUUGGCGGAUGCAAUAGCAUCUACCCGCUGCAGUUGAUUGGGACAACUACAAAAAGUUAGCAGAGCUUGGUCCUGUCAACUUACAACAUGUUCUAGAGCAGGGUUGUCAAACGUAAGGCCCGCGAACAGGUUUUAUCCGGCCCACGGGAAGAGUUUGCUAAAUAUAAAAAUGAGCCAAAGAUUUUUAAUGAAAGAAACUGCUGUUCUAAAUGU